AAAACGUCGUUCGCAAGAAGGAAGUGGUAACGAUACCUCUUAGUGGAUGGAAUAUUUGAGAAGAAAAAAAAAAGAAAAACAACAAAUAACAACAAUUUUUCGACUGCUACGAAGCCAUGGAAACGAGAUGCAAGAGUGUUAUGAGCUGCACGAUCUGUAUAGGGAGUUGUCGGUCAUCAAUGACUGCCAAUGAGGUAGUGCGGAUUGUCAGUUUUGCGGAUUCAAUCGGACGGGCCUCACACUUGACAAUCGAUAACUCGCAAUUCUUUUAUUUAUCACCUAAAUUUCCCUUUGCGAAAUACAACAUCACGGCUUUAUAAACUAUCUGGGGCAACCCACUAAUGGAAUUUUCUUUCUGUCAUUAUCUCCGUUUUGUUUUCUCUCGGACAUCCAGUCUUCCAUAUCACUGCGGUUUUGGGUUACUUUGCGCCGUUGCAAACAUUUUAGCCCUCAUUUCCGGAUUGCUCUGUUUGACCGAGUCGGUACUUGAGAUGUUGUUGGGUCCGGCUUGACAGGCAAUGUCUGAUAAUCCAUAAUCUGCGCACCGAAUUUUCUGGUACAUCCUAGAAAGUUUAUUAUCCCUGUGUAUGCGAACAGAUCUGGAUCAGUAACCCAAAUCGGCGAGUAUGGCUCAGGCAGGAUAAAGAGAAUAAGUGUUGUAUGCAUUGGACAUGGAUACCUCUCAGCGUCGAUUAUCACGGAACCAAUCAUGGUGUGGGAUUUUGCUACAUUUACCUCUCUCGUCUUUUUCUUUUGAUGGACCAUUUUCGAUUCUUUUUUCUAGCGGUAGUUGUUUCAUCUUUCUCAGUGUUCCUAUACAUUUCGGGUGGCUCUCUGUCGUAUUUUCAUGAUAUGUUCCAUUUUCGCGGCUUGUUUGCGAUUUGCUUGUUAUUUGUGAUCAAGGUAUUUGCCAUUGCGAAAAAGGAGGUCAUCUUUUUAUAUUGUUUUACCGCCGUCUUUCUAUUUGCCGUCAUAACCUGUUUUGUGUUACUUGGGAGGCUGUCUGAUCAAUUUUUGUUUUUAUCUUUUUAUGACUCGCAGAUUCCAAUGCUCACUUGUUGAUUUUGGUUUUUAUAUUGCAUUGUGCAUACUUUUCCUUCGAAUGCUAUGGUCUUAUGAGUCUAUUUCUUUCUUGAAUUCUAGUACAAGGCAAGUACUUAUAAAGUUAAUAGUAUCUUUGUGCCAUUAGAGUAGCGUUUGUACAUCUUCCACCAUUUGACUCAGGGAUUUAGAUUGCUUAUAGUAUGAUCGUUCUAUGCGAAUACCGGUCUUACUGCAAUCCAAUGACACCCAUACCAUUCCAUUAAUCUACCUUGGAGACAGUAAUCAUGAAGAUAUCAAUUGAUUUAUUCCUAUCUAAGUUAAUUCCUACCUAACAUAUUGCAAGACGCUUCCUGUAAGCCAAGUAUGGAAGAUAAACGAAUGGUAGGUAUCCUGGAACUGGCGGACCUCGGGACAGAACAGAUGAGUUGUUUUGCUUUGUGUAUGAAGGGGCCAGACUACAUGAAAAUGAAGGAGGGACAUUUGUCGAGAAAUUGCAAAUGAGACGACGAGAUGUGUAUUCCGGGUUUAGGUUGAGACCAGUGUUGAACGAAUGUGAUGUAUGACAUAGGAGAUUGUUGCGAGUAUAAAGAAUGGGCUUUCGAUGAGUUGGAGUGAACAGACAAGGGCAUACCGGUACGUAAAA